AUGAACACCAACGCAAGCCUUGGGAUCCCAGUGAAUAGCCGGGCGGGUUCGGGCGGUAUGCAGGCGGGUCAGCGAGCGGCAAGCUCGAUAGGCGGCGCGGCGGCAGGCGGCGCGGGCGCGACGGCACAGCAGAGCACGCUUGCCGCGGCGGCAGCAAGUCAACACCAGCAGCGGCUUCUGCUCCAGCAGCGGAUGCGGCAGCAGCAGGCGCAACAGCAGAACUUCGAGCACCAGAUCUUCCAGCUACUGAUGACAUUGAAUCGGAAACCAAAGCGGCUGUACCAGUUCACGGAAGACACCGACGCGAUUCUGCGCAAGUACGAGCAGUUCAAGCCGAGCUUCGAGUUCCACAUCUACGAGAACAACUACAAGAUCUGUGCGCCGGCGAACGCGCGGCUGCAGCAGCACCAGCGGACGCCUGGGACGAACGAUGGGCUGAUCUUGAACAAAAGCAACGAGACGCUGAAGGAGUUUCUGGAGUACGUGGCGCGGGGGAUCAUCCCGGAAGCAAUUGUGGAGGUGCUGCGAGACUGCAACGUGCAAUUCUAUGAGGGGUGCCUGAUCUUGCAGGUGUACGACCACACCAACACGGUGGAUGUGAAACAGCCGCAGGGCGCGGGCGCGAAGACGGACCAGCCCGCCAAGGCGGGCGCGGCGGCCGGCGCUGCCGCCGCAGACCAGGGGCCGCCGGAGGAGCACAAGCUGGGCGGCAGCUCGAAGGACGCGACGGGGAAGGAGCGGGUGACGACACUCAAGCGGCCGCGGAUGUAUCGCACGCUACUGCGGCCGAACGACCUCACGCGCUACUACGACAUGCUUUCGUGGGCGGACCACACGCGGUUCUCGGACUCGGUGUACCAGCAGCUAGAGGCGGAGAUCCUGGCCAUAACGAAACGCAACCUGCGGCUGGAUACGCACUUGAACCCCUUCGAGCACGCCGACAAGCUGACCGACGACGAGUUCCUGCAACCGCACUGGGACGAAGAGCAGGGGAGGAUGGCUCACCCGCACCGCCCACUGAGCACCGCUAGCCUAACAAGAGGGGCGGUAGGCCAUAUCGAGCAACACGAAGAGCUUCCCCAGCAUACCUCCGCAUACGAGCAGAUGAUGCUAAUAAUGAGCGGCAGAACAACGACCACUACGACCGCCACGCUGGCCGCAUCGCUUGCGAAGCGCGCUGAAAUGAUGGGCACCUCGAGUUCCACCAAGACCGGGGGAUCGACGGGCUCCGGCAGCAGCGCCUCUGGCACAAAUUCCGUUGCUGCCGCAGCCGUUGCUGCCGCGGCAGUCGUGGGUUCCGGCGCGAAUAAUGAGAAUAACCAGUUCAGCAGACUAAAAUUCGUCGAGCAGUUCCGCCUGAACAAAGAGAAGAAGAAGCAGCAGGCACUCAACGCGAACCUGGCCCCGCCGGGGUAUAACCACCGCAUCUCGAUGUCGACCCCUCUUACUACACAGCCUGUGAAGCAGCAGGCCGGGGCCAUGCUGCAGAAUGUUGGGCCGGGCGGUAUGGGGAUGGGCAGUGCGCACACCGCGCCGAGCGAGGCAAACGGCAAGCGCGCCGGCACCGCGGACAGCGACGACAAAUCCAAACCGAAAAGGCAGCGGAAGCCCACCAAAAAGGCAGAUGGGGCGGCAGUCCCCAAAAAGAGGGUUACUAAGAAGCAACAGGCCGCGGCAGCGGCUACGCUGUCCAAUCCAGGUGUGUAG